AUGGGCAGGGAAAACAUCGAAUUCAAAAACUCGGACGGCGUCACAUUGCGCGGUUGGUUCUACACCCCCGAAAAUGCUGGCGGCGGCAAGCUACCCACCCUUGUCAUGGCGCACGGUUUUACUGCUCUCAAAGAAAUGACUCUGGAUUUCUAUGCUGAGCACUUCACCUCGGCAAUCCCCAUCAACUGCCAACCCGGAGGCGAGAUCGUGCCCAAUCUGCAGAUUUCGGAUUAUACGGACGCCAUCACCUACGCCUCGACCAGGCCCGAGGUGGACAAGGACAAGAUCGGCGUCUGGGGAACCUCAUACAGCGGCGGUCACGUCUUGGUGGUCGCUGCAGUCGACCGAAGAGUCAAGGUUGUUCUCAGCCAAGGUCCAUGCGUAAGUGGUUGGGACAACUUCCAUCGCUUGGUCCGUCCGGAUAUCAUCCCGCAGCUCGAAGAGCUGUUCAACUCGAAUCGAAUCGCGAGAUCACAAGGCAAGGAGCCGGCUUAUCUUCCCAUCGUCCACCAAGACACGUUCGGGACGUGCGCCUUGAACGGGAAAGACGUCUACGACUUCUUCAUGGAGUGGGAGAAGAAAUCGACCUGGGAAAACCGGGUGACUGUUAGGACGAUGGAAUCGUUUCGCGGAUACGAACCUCAACACCUGAUUGAGAAAAUCUCGCCGACACCGUUGCUGCUGACGGUCCCGACCUUGGACACGCUCACGCCACCGGACCUCUCUCUGGCCGCGUAUGCGAGGGCCCGAGAGCCCAAAGAGUUGAGCCUCCUUCCUGGUGGGCAUUUCGAUUCUUAUGCGGGGAAGAUAACGGAGGAUAAUGUCGCAAGACAGAUUGCUUUCUUCAAGAAAUGGCUUGUCGAAUAGUUCUACGGCGGUGUUGCUAGCAGACCGAGAAACUUUCGUGGGGUAUUAGGCAUUGCAUGGGCCUCAUUAGCCUAACUUAGUGCUUUGCGCCAAAAUACGUGAUGUCUUAUUCUCCAAGUCCCUUGCCCAUAAGACAUCAAUAAUUUUGGCGCAAAGCACU